AUGGCUGAAGAUGUUUAUAAAGAUCAAGUUAAACGACUACAAAAAGAACUCGAUGAAGAGAGGAAGAAAUCUGAAGAUCUUCAAUUUUCAUUUGAUGAAGCAGCAAUUUCUGCCGAAGAGUCGACUACGUCCAUCAAAACUUUCAAAGAGAAGAUCGCAAGAUUGGAGAAUGCGUUAAGACUUGCUCAAGGUGGAGGUGACCAAGCUUCUGCGGGAAUUGAAAGCAAAGAGAACACCGAAAUAUUAAAUCAAAAGCUUAAUGAAAUUAGCAUCCAGCUUCAAACCUCUGAAGAUGAGAAAAAAAUUCUCGAAAAAGAAAUAAAAACUCUAAAUGAGAAUCUGGUUGAAAUUCAAAAGAAAUUCGAAUUGAAAUCGUCUUCUGCUUCAGAUGAUGAAAAACGCUUGAAAGAUAAUGUAAGUGCAUUAGAAAGAAACAUUGAAGAACUCAAAGCAGAACUUUCAUCGCAAAAAGAAGAAAAAAGAAAAUUCGAAGAGUUCAAAGAUGAACAAGCUAAAAAGCUUGACGAUGAAAUGAAAAAUAAGCUUAAAGAAGCUCAAGACAUGACAGAGAAAUUAAAACUUGAAGUGAGUGGGAAGAACGAAGAAGUUGAAAAGCUCAAGAAAGACAUCGAAAAUCUUACAAGCUCUGAUGCUGGCACUCAGGAAAUGAUCGAUGAGCUGGUUGCAUCUAAAGUAAAACUCGAGACUGAAAUCACAACCAAAGAAACAGAAAUAAAAGAUUUUGGAGAGAAAAUUGACAAAUUAGAAAAGGAAGUCAGUGAACGUGACAAAUGCAUGGCUGGCCUUGAAAUGGAAGUUUCCACUUACACUUCAACAUUAAAACUUAAGGAAGCGCAAAUUGAUCUUCUUAAAGGAGAUAUUGAAAAGAUGAAUAAAGAAAAAGACGAUGACAAUAAAAAGAAUGAAAGUAACGUUACAUUCUUAACUGAAUUGAAAGUUUCACUCGAUGAAAAAAUUAAAUUUAAAGAAAAUGAAAUUGAAAAUCUCACAAUGAAGCUGAGUCAAGUUGAACGUGAUGAUGCUGAAAAGGCAUCACGUUUAGAAAAGAUCGAAGCUUCUCUUGCUCUAUUAGGAAAUAAACUUCUUGAGACAGAAGUUAUCUCAAAGAAUCUUCUCGAUGACAAAAAUAAACUCGAAGUUGAUAGGAAUGAUUUGACACGAAAACUUGGUGCUCAUGAAGAGAAAAUUAAUCAAUUGCUAGAACAGAAAACUAAACUGCAGAAUGAUUUAGAAACCACCAAUUCAUCAUCACUUGACAUCAAUUCAGAGCUUUUGAAGCUCAACAAUGAACUAAAAGAGAAGCAAGCAGCUUUUGAAUCUUAUCAACAACAAGCGGAGAAUGCAAAAUUAUUAUUGGAACGUCAAGUUGAUGAACUUCAACGACAAAAUGGAUUGUUGGAACAACAAAUUGAGAAAAUUAAGAGUGAAAUGGAUAUUUUGCAAGCCCAAAAAAUUGAGAGUGAAAAUCAAUUGAAUCAGGAGCUUCAAAACAUCAAAUUAACAUCAGAUGAAGAGAAAUUAGAACUUCGUCAAACAUUAACAAAUUUGCGUAAUGAUAAUGAGAAUGAAAAAGCUCGAUUGACUCGUGAGAAGCAACAAAUAAUAGAAGCAUUUGAGAAGACGAAGGAAGAGAUGGAAUCGAAAAUACGCAACAUGGAGAUGGACUCAAAGUCAUCGAUUGAAAUUUUGAGCAAAGAAUCUGACGAGAAACUUUCACUUCAUCAGCAGGAAAUUGCUAAAGUGAACGAAGAACUGAAAAAAGCUCACGAACAAUUAAAAUUAACAGCAUCGGGAACUGAAGAGAAAAUCAAAACUCUUGAUGAUAUUCAACAGAAAUGUUAUGAUCAAGAGCAGAAAAUUAACGAUCUUAACAACUUACUUGAGAAUGAAAAGGCUUUAAAGAAGAAACUUGAAGAUUCUCUUGAGGAAUCACGGCAAAAGUUCCGGGAACUUGAAGAUGAACAAGUUGAUGUUGUAAACAAGAAACAAGAAUUUAAAGUUGAGUUGGAAAAUCUUCAACAAAAGAUUAGUGAAAUGAGUCAAAGUCAUGAAUCUUUCCAUGAGCAAUCAAAGCUCGAAAAGAAAAAUUCCGAGUUGCAGAGAGCGACAUUAGAACAAAAGUUUCAGGAAAUGGAUGCAAAGAUUAUUGAACUGCUUCAAGAAAAGUCAAAGAAAGAUCAGGAAAAUGUUGAAACUACCGAGAAACUUCAUUUGCGUGAACAGGAAGUUACAAAACUUCACGAUGCAAUUUCAACAAUGCAUUUGAAGUUAAAGAAAAAUGAAGAAGAAACUCAGAAAGUUCUUAAAGGAAAAGAUGAAGAAUUAUUGAAAGCUGUUCAUGAAAGCUCAACGAAUGCUAAUCUCGUCGCUGAUUUACAGAAUAAUUUGGAUAAUUUCAAAGCACUUCUCAACUCAACUUCCAAUGAAAAGAAAUCGUUGAGCAGUGAAGUUGAAAAACUUAAUGAAACAAUUUCAGUUCGAGAUUUUGCAAUUAAUGAGCUUGAAAAUAAAGUUUAUCAAAUUGAAAGUCAGAGCAAAGAGAUUCAAAACCAACUGAAAAAUAUUGAAAGCUCAAGAGGGAUUGAAAAGAAUGAAUCGGAAAUGAAAAUUAAAGAUUUAAUGGAAAAGCUUCGACUCAUUGAGUCUUCUACUGAAAAAGAGGUUUCUAAGUUAACAUUGCAAUUAAAUGUUUCUCAAAAUCAAAUGAAAUCGGUUGAGGAUCAGACGAGAUCUUCAAUUGAAGGCAUCAAAGAGUGGCAGAAACGCGAGAAUGAAUUAACAUUCAAAAUUAAAGAACUCGAAAUAAGAGAGGCUGAAUUGGAGUUGUCGAACCAAGGAUUGAAGAGAAAGUAUGAAGAUCUUGAAAAGUCCAAAGAAGUUCCAUCAAACAACCAACCUCACAGUCAGGAAAUGGUUGAGCAUAUUGAGUUUCUUAAUGGGAUUAUAUCUGACAUGCAUAAGAAAAACUUAAAACUCACAGAGAAAGUCGAAUUACUGCUUGCUGGUUCAUCAAAAUCAAGUCAUAACUUCAGUCUUGACUUUCUUGAUAAGAAAAAGCCAGCACCACGUCUUUAUUGUGACAUUUGCGAAAUGUUUGAUGCUCAUGACACCGAAGAUUGUCCACAACAAUGCUCUGAGAUGGAUUUACCAACACAGAAAGAAAAAAACCCAAAAAUGCCAGGUCUACCGACUCCCAGAACUUAUUGCGAUCUUUGUGAAGAAUUCGAUCAACACGACACUGCCGACUGUCCAAAUGCUGACGAUGAAACGUUCUGAAAAAUUAUUUAUUUUUUUAGUGUUGACUUUUGUAACAAAUAUCAAAAAAUUAAAUAUCAUUUUAUGAUAGUUAGCAACAUUCAUCUGUUUACCAAAAUUUAAAUAAAAUAUUUUCUCUGUUUUCGAUCUUAAA